CCAAAUCGGUUUUUAAAAUGUAAAACCUUACGAGCCGCUUCCAUCCGUUCUCCGGCUUCCACUAGUUUUAGUUUAGAAGUUCUACUUUAACCGCCUUCAUAACUUCCGUCUUUAUAUUUUUUGCAAGUUGCUAUUUAGAUAGAUACAAUCUUUAAAUUCUGUUUUAGGACAUAUUUAGGCGUUUAAAUUCGCAAUGGAGAGCGUUUCAGUGUCCACAGAGCUUCUUUAUAGCCACAGAGGGCAUUCAGAUAGGUUUAAAAGUGAUUAUAACGUAGAUUUUUGGCGGGAAGUGCGUCGGAGAUGGCUGGUGUUUGGCGUACUUCUGUCUGUGACGGCGGCUGUGCUGGCACCGGCCGCGGGCGCCCCUGGAGGCGUCCUCCACUCGGAGUACCUUCGCUACGUGCCGCUGACUUACAUCUACUACUGCUCGGGGCGGCACUGCCGGCGGGCCGGCGGGGCGUGUGGCGGGGGCGGGGGCGGAGCGCGGCUGCUGCUGCUGUGUGUCCUCCACGCGCAUGUCAUAGCGCCCGCGUUGACCGUGCUGGCUGCCCGCGCCGCCGGCGGCGGUGCUGACCACACGCUCGUCAGGGGCGCGGUGCUGUGCAUGUCGGGUGGGUGCGGCUGGGUGUCGCUGGCGCUGCGGCCCGCGCCGCCCGCGCCCGCGCUGUGUGCGGCGCUGUACCUCGCCAGCCUGCUCGCUGGGCCAGCCACCACGCUGCUCAUCUGCGGUCGCGCCACCAUCCCACCUCUAGGCGGCAUCCUCUCCACCGUGCUGAUCUCCACCACGCCGUUCCUGCUGGGCUCCCUGCGCCAACAGGAGCCCAACAACAACACGACAACAACAAAGCUCUCUGCUCUGUUGUUGUUGUACAUGGACUGUUGUGAGCGGCUGCGCGAGGCUGAGGGCAGCAUGUACGUUGGUGACGUGCUGGUCACGUUGGCUUUGGUGGUGUGGUGGGUGUGCAGCAGCGCGCUGUGCUGCUGGGCGUACGGCCGCUGCGGCGCCGUGCCGGCCGCGCGGGCCGCGCUGCUGGCUGUGUGCGCCGUGCCGUCCUGCCCCGACACUGGUUGGAUAUCGUCGGCGGCGUGCUCCCCCCGCGGGCUGUCGCGGCUGCCGGCCGUGUUCAUUGCGCCGGCGCAGGCGCUGCUGCUGGCCGCCGUGGUCGAUGACGGGGACGAGCGGUGAUACGGUGCGGGGUGACUGCGAGGGUGAGGUGGUGAUGGGUAGAGUGGGGCGGUGAUAGGGUGCGGGGGUGAUAGUGAAGGUGAGGUGGUGAUAAGACGGUGAUAGGUGGAGGGAGUCCGUGUAGAGAUGAACUGGUGAGGUGAAAGCAUAGACGGGGUGAUGAGUGAUUGGGUGAUUCUUUAAUGGCGAGAGUUUGACAGUGAAAUGAUUGAUGUGUAGAAUGGUAAUGAUUUGAGGUGAUCAGGGUGACGAAAUGAUGGAAUCAUGUCUUGAUUGAGUGACAAAAGGUCCUAGUAUCAGAUAAUGCCGAUGUAAUUUGACUGGGUGUUGAAGUGAGAAUGUAUAAGAGUUAGGUGUCUGGGUGAUAGGGUGAAAUAGUGACAAGUAACAAAGGGUGACAAGGUGAUGAAGCUGACGAAUGAUUUGUGAGAAAAGACAAUAUGUUUUUUGCUCAGUUCGUAAUAUUGGAUUUUCAUAACUAUCAAAAUUAUAUACUUAAUUAUGGUAAAUAAAGAGGGACCUGUCGAUAAAAUUGUGAUAUAGGUGUUACCAACGUAGAUAGGUAUAGAUCCCACUGUUGGGCUAGUCAUGGAAUAGAAGAUGUUGGAAUGGCCCUAACGCCCAUUUUGUUUGAGAACCGCUGCCGCCGGUUCAACCCCACAAGGCUAGGUGGGUACCUAGCCAUAGAGGUAGCCAAUCAGCUCGCGACACCAGACACUUCAGGACCCCGAUACCGACCCCGCCGGCGUGGUCGACGAUUUCCCUCAUUCAGCGCUUUACGCUAUCGACCCACUAGGGUCGAGUCAUUCUUUCAAAUAUUUUUCCUCUCAGACGACGCCCUGAGCCGAGGCUCGCGCCCAACUGGGCACCCUCAGGCCUGUUGUCUUAAACGUUGUACCGGGUGAGAGCCUUCAGCGCUCCCCAUUUGUCCGGCCAAGUAGUGAAUGCCAUCUGCGGCAAAUCUACAAUAAGUCAUGUCAAAAAAAAAAUUCAACCCCACUCAUUUUUAAAAACUCUAUGACUUAUUACAUGAAUCAAUAGUCAAAUAGGACCUAUUUGGCAAAAAUGUACGAUAUCUAACUUAUUAAUCUAUCUUGCCGCUCAGCUGUCCAAAAGGCUAGUAUCCACGGGGCGUCAAGUGUGGUGGGCUUGGUGGCUUGUGACAAGUACUGGAGUACUUAGGCCAAGGCACCAAGUACUUGGGGUUGUCCCAAGUACUUGGGGUUGUAGUAAGUACUUGGGGUUGUCCCAAGUACUUGGGGUUGUCGUAAGUACUUGGUGCCUUGUCCUAAGUACUUGGGG